AUGGCAAAUCUCAACAAAAAUCAGUCGUCUGCAUUAGAUGCUGUUCUCUCAGGCCACAAUGUCUUAAUCACAGCAGGAACAGGAAAGUCCUUCCUCAUUAGCGAAAUAGUUAAAACAUGUGAAAAUCAGGGUAAAAUUGUAGCGCUGACAUGCACAACUGGCAUCGCCUGCUCUGUAUAUACGGAUAUGACACUAAAGGCAAACACAUUGCAUCGCUGGUCAGGGAUAGAAGAUGCACCACAUAAGUUGUGGCUGAAAGUGGGUGCUGUAAUAUUACUAAGAAAUCUAUCAAAUAAGCUUGUAAAUGGCAUUAGAGGAGAUGUUAUCAGCAUUUCAGAAGAUGGACCAGUGGUGGAUUUUCAUUCAGUUGGAAUACAAGCUCCAAUGAAAAAAAUUCAAUUCACAGUGUUCAGCCUUAGAGAUAAUAAAGACAUUGCUGUGAGGGAACAACUGCCAUUAAAGUUGGCUUUUGCCAUAACAAUUCACAAAGCACAGGGAAUGACGCUUGACAUGGUUGAAGUGGAUUGCAGGGGUAUAUUCAAGCCUGGUCAUCUUGGAGUGGCUAUGAGCAGGGCUAGAGAUUUCUGUGGACUAAGAGUUACAAAUUUCACCCAACGGGCAUGCAUGCCACAACCUGACAUUGUAAAGGAUUUUAUCAACCAACCAUCACAGACAUUUUCUGAGGAUCUAAGUUGUUGUCAAGAAACAUUAAGGUAAAUUUAUACUGACCUUAGCACCUGAUGACUUUUAUUGGAGGUCUUUCAUUGACAGUCGAUGAAGCUCGACGUUUCAGUGGCUUUUUAAUAGCUGACUCGUAUAGCAUG